AUGGCCUCCACGUCGGUGAUCGUCAGCCGGGACGGCACGGCGGGACCCUCGGCCACCUAUUCGUACAGCAACCGUCCCAGGGCGUUGCCGGGCAGGCAGAGGUACCGGACCUCCAUCGAUGCCAACGAGACGGAGGAGGAGGCCUAUCACUAUGCCAACCUCAUGUACGAGAGGCGAGUCGUUCGGGGAAAUACCUAUGCUCUUCACAUCCUACCAUGGAGCAGCGAACCCGAUCCUCUGGAGCUUCAAAGGCAACGUGAAGCCCAACGGAAAGCGUUGGCCAGGAGGAGAGCUAGGGAUCAACUUCGGACGAGAACGCCAGAUCCUUUAGAAGGCAGGAGGCAUGUCGACGUUCAGACAGAACUGUAUCUGGAAGAACUUGCGGAUCGUAUCAUCGAAGUGGACAUGGAAUGCCAAACGGACGCGUUUCUGGACAGGCCGGCAACGCCUCUGUUCAUCCCCGCGAAGACCGGCAGAGAUGUGGCCACCCAGAUCUGGGAAGGAGAUCUUUUCGAUUUUGAUAUCGAAGUCAGGCCGAUGCUGGAGGUGUUGGUCGGCAAGACCAUCGAGCAGGCGUUGCUGGAAGUCAUGGAGGAGGAGGAACUCGCCGACCUGCGGGCGCAUCAGUACGCGUACCACGAGCUGCGCUGUGCGGAACUCGCCGAGGUCCAGCGACUUGAAGAGCAGGAGCGGCGGCACAGAGAGGAGAAGGAGCGUCGUAAAAAGCAGCAGCUGGAAUUCCUUCAGAAGGAGAAAGAAACCUCGGAGAAGAUCGCGGCUCGGGCGUUUGCUCAGCGAUACCUGUCGGACCUCAUUCCUUCCGUCUUUGGCAGCCUUCGGCAGAGUGGAUACUUCUACGACCCGGUGGAGAGAGACAUCGAGACAGGCUUCUUCCCGGGGAUGAUGUCGGAGAUAGAAGAGAUCAUGGAAAACCGGGUUCUCGGCAGAACAAUAGCCGACAACUUAAUCCGAGACAUGGUGGAAAUGAGGCUAGACUGCUACGAGAAAAAAGUCUUGCCGGUCCGGCCAGAGGUGGUCCUGCCGCCCGCCCCGGAAGAGGCGAUGAUUCCCUCCAUGGAAUUAUUGUUUGGUACGUCCCAGGGUGUCAUGGAACAGCUGGAAGAGCUUCGCCAAUUGGAAGCCUUGGAUCAGCCAGAUGUUUUCGGCCAGUUGGAAGCCUUGGAUAAGCUGGAAGCUCCUGGCCAACCGGAAGUCUCGGAACAGCCGCCGAUUCCAGACCAGCUGGAAGCCCCGGAUCAGCCGGAACCCGCUCCAGAUCAGGACAAAACAUCGGAAGAGCCGGAAGCCAAGGAUCCAGAACCACAGUGAUGACUAAA